AUGGCACCUCCUAGAAAAAUAUUAAGACGACAAUUAGAGAUAUUAGUAGAUUAUCUGGAAGAAAACAGAGAUAUUUCGAGAGGAACACCAUUUUCACCAGUAGGUCAUGAUGGCAUGAUGUCCGCUAAAGUUAAGUGGAAUGCUCUGGCGAAAAAAUUAAAUUCAGUGGAAGGCGGAGCUCACAAGUCACCUGAGGGUUGGAAAAAGUAUUGGUUUGAAUGGAGACACAGGUGUAGAAAAAAGGCUGCAAAUGUACGACAAAGUCAAUCAAAUUCCGCUAAUGGCUCGCACAAGACUUCGUUGAAUGAUGUUGAAGUCAGAGCGCUAAAUAUUAAUGGUAAAGAUAUCGUAGAUCAUGUUGAAUCAGGACCUAAGAAAUUACAAAUAUUUUUAUCUGAAGAUUCUGAUUCUGAACAACCAAUUAAAGAUAUUGAACAAAUAACUUCUGAAGAUGUUAAAGUGAAUACAGGAAGUAGAAAAUUCAUAACAGAAAAUACAUUAAGAAAUUCAACACCACCACCAGAGUGGGCUAUUAUGUUGGAAGAUCGUAGAAUAGCAGCUGAAGAACGAAUAGCAAAAUCUUUAGAAACUAUCGUCACUUUAAUGCAACUCCAAGAAGAUAGAAGAGCAAUUAUAGAAGAGAAAAUUGCAGAUACUUUAGUGGCCAUCACUAGCAAUCUCAAGGAGCUGCAUAGUGAAAAUAGAAAACACUUGCAUUGUUGCAAGUCGAACAAUGAAGAGACUGAAAGUUCAUCUAUGAAAGAUGUUAUUUUUCUA